GUUUCAAAAUGGCUCCCCAAAUGGCCCACUUUCCACAUAACAAUGUGGGUUACUGGUUUCCAAGGUUUUGUGUGGUGUAUUUACCCUGUUCGGCCAUAGAAACCCAGUGGAGAACAGGUUGUUGGAGUUUCAAAACAGAACGCCCGAGACGCGACAACCGAGCCGGGGCCACGAAACUGGCGCAUCCCCUUUGGAGAAGAAAGACCCCUUGAGCGUGGCACGGCGGUUGGUCUUGUGCCAAAGGAUGAAGGCCCCUUUGCGUUGCCCCCUUUGGCUGGCAUGACCUCUAGCUUUGCCCUUUCGGACCAGAGGUCGCCUGGACGGCUCCUUUGAUCCUCUUUCGUUCCAGAAUCUCCUCUCCUGUCUGGCUACAAACUUGACAGUGGCAGCUUCCAAACCCAAGUGAUCCUCCAUCCCUUCUUCGCACCAUGAUUCGGAGCGGACUCCUCUUUUUGGUGACCCUCUCCGGUGCAUUGGCAGGAGUUUUGAAUCCCCGGAGCAGCAUCACAGCGGUUCUCGGCAAAGAUGUGGCCCUGCCCUGCUCUUACCAGGCCACAGAAGAGGAGAAGGUGCUCCAGGUCACGUGGCUGAAGCGUGGGGAUGAUGGGACCGGCAUGGAGUUGGCGGUGCUGCAUGCAGAGCAUGGGACGCAUGUCCAAGAUGCCUAUGCCGGACGGGUUUUGCGCCACUCUCAAGGGUCCCUCAACGAUGGAUCCAUCUUGUUGAAGAAUGCCGUGCAGGCGGAUGAAGGGACCUACGAAUGCCAACUGAUCACCUUCCCUUUGGGCAAAUUUGAAUCCAAAAUCAACCUCAAAGUCCUAGUGCCACCAUUGCCAACGCUGAACCUCGGCCCUCCGCUAGAGGAAGGUCAGGGCCGCACCCUGGCUGCCUCAUGCACUGCGGAAGGGAACCCCAUCCCGACUGUGACCUGGGAGACGGAGGUUCGUGGAGAGGCCAAAAGCCAGGAGUCUUCGCAUCCCCGUUCGGCCUCGGUCACCAGCGAGUUCUACGUGGUGCCCGGGCGGAGCAUGCAUGGCAAGGCUCUGACCUGUGUGGUCUCGCACCCGGGGCUGCAGCACAAGAAGAGGAUCACCCACACCCUCAACGUGGCAUAUCUCUCAGAUGCUUCCAUCUUGGGCCAUGAAACAGAGGAUGACUGGACCGAGGGCAAAGAGGGGACCUCUCUGAAGUGCCUUGGGGAUGGGAACCCUGCACCCACCUACAACUGGACGCGGCUGGACGAACCCCUUCCAGGAGGAGUGAAAAUCAAAGGAGACACCCUGAUCUUCCAGAAAGCCCUCAGCUCUGAAGACGAAGGCACCUAUGUUUGCCAAGUGGCCAACAGCUUUGCCACCAAGGAAGUCAGGGCCACCGUCAGCAUAAUAGGGAACAAAGCCAAGCAGGUGGACGUGGUCUCCAUCUCCAUGAUUGGAGCCGGCAUCAUCUCCGUGGUCCUCCUGGGUUUGCUGGUCCUGGUGGUCAUCCUCAUGACCUGCUACCACAAGCGGAAAACCAAGCGUAUCACCGAGAAAUAUGAAGAAGAGCUGACCCUGACUCGGGAGAACUCCAUCCGGCGCCUCCAUUCAAGCCACAGCACCGACACCCGGAACCAGACGGAAGAGAACCUCCCCUUGAGGUCCGAGAGCCGUCAGGGCAGUUUUCGGGGUGACAGCCUGUGCCGGGAGAGCCUGCGGACAGACAGUCUGUGCCGGGACAGCCGGCAAGGGAGCUUCCGAGCCGACAGCCUCCGGGAAACCAGCCUGUGUUCGAUCAUGGGCGAGGAAGCAGAAGGACGCAGCUACUCCACCUUGUCAACGGUGAGAGAAAUCGAGACCCAGACAGAGCUUCCUCCUCCACCCCCAACUCCAGUCCAGGAAAACCAGACAGAGAAGGAGAACGAGGAGAAAGAGAAGGAGAAAGAAGAGGAGGAGGAACGAGAGCAGAGAGACGGGGAGAAGAACAUCAAGCAGGCCAUGACUCACUUCGUCCAGGAGAACGGCACGCUCCGGGCCAAGCCCACCACCAACGGCAUUUACAUCAAUGGCCGGGGACACCUGGUGUGACGC